AUUCACUCCGCUAGAACACAGUCACGAUGAAGGCUUUACUUCGCAAUAUAUUGACGUUUUCACUUUUACUUCAAACUAUUAACGCCAUUUGUAAUAAAGUUCAACGGGAAGAUGUAUUCUACAAACCUGAAAGUGUUUCUUUCACUUUGGACUGUCCUAGAGGAAGUACGAUACAAUUUGUCGAAGCCAAACUCUACAGGGACAACUGUCAGUUGGCGGACGCUCUGAGCUACAUGAGAAGAGCCUGUUUUUUGUCAGAUAUAUGCGCAACCGGACUGGAUCUUUUUCAGUAUAACACUACAGCUUGUCCAAGUUCGCCAAAUGAUUCAGAGCUCAGACUUAAAUGGUUCUGUGAACCAAAAUUAGGUUCUGUAGGAACAAUUUCGAAAGAUUUUUGCACUGAUACCGUCUCAAAUCAAGGAUAUUACUUUAUGCUUACGUCCACAACAUAUAUAGAAACAAAGUGCAUGUGCCGAAUGACGGUCCCGGCUAAUCAUGAAGUGGUAGUACAAUUCACUGCGUCAACUAAACCAGGAGAAUUUGACGAUUGUAAAAAUCAUCUCUUAAUCGGAGAAGACAGCAGCUCUCCAACUAAAGUAUGUUCACGGGAUUCUGUUUCGAUACCUUGUCAGGAUAAGGAAAAGACGUUAUAUUUUGCCGUUGAGAAGAUUGGCGGUAAAAUAUAUUACAACGCCGAAAUUUCAGUAAAUGACACAUCACCAAAUCAACUAGAAGUUAUUUGCGGUUUAAGAGCUCCUAUACCAGCCAGACAAACCACUACAAGCAACUUUGAACCUACCACAAACUCGAAAACAACUACGAGUGAACAAGAAACUACAACAAAACUGAAUGAACAAGAAACUACGGCAAAACCUAGCGUACAAGAAACAACACAAAAAAUAGUAGACACUACAAGAGGAGAAGUUUCCACAAGAAGCAAUAAACAAACGACUGCAGAAAUGAACAGUCCAGAUUUUAUUUCCAUUUCAAGGUGGUUUGGCACAACAUUACCGCCACCUGCAGGAUCUGAGGAUGAUAAUAGCGAUGAUGACAUAAUCCCAAUAAUUAUUGGAAUAUGCGUGGGAAUUGCCGCACUUAUUUUACUUGUGACUUUAAUAGCACUACUCCUUAGAUACAGAUCUGAUUCAAAGAAGAAGGCACAUCAAUCAAUGGAAAAUUUAACUACAGUAGAGAAACUCCAGUCGAAAUCUUUUAAACCUCCAAAUUAAAAAACGAAAUCUUGAGAGAUAUAAUGAAUGGGGAAGAGCUUCUGUAGAUAUUACAUGCAGUAUACAGUAUAUAUAUACAGAAUAUAUAUAUAUAUACAGUAUAUAUAUUUCUAUUUAUACUCAUAUAUCAUUUUUAUAACGUUUUCAGUGGAAAAUAUCGGAAAAAAUGAUAAUUUUUUCAAAGAUAUUCCAUACAGUAAAAAGUUUUAAACUUGUAUUCAUCUAGUUCUUCUAUAACUUGAUCAAUUUGUAUGUUAUUUAUUGUCCAAGAAACUGCUGAUUAUCUCUCAUUUAUAAAUUACUUAUUUAUUUAAAGAAAAAUGAGGAAAAAAGACGAUUUAAAAUUAUUUUUCUUCUUUUUUUCUUUUCGUUUACAGUUGCAUUUUUUAACUAUUUUUGUACUAGAUCAAUGAUAUGUUUUUUAUUUACUUCUUUUAUAAUAUAACGUAAA